CCGCCCGCGGGCGCGCAGCCCGGCGCGAAGCGUGGACAGGGAACGCGGAGAGCGGCGGGUCCGCGGCAGAGGGCGGGAGGCAGGAGGCGAAGGAGGAGGAGCAGGGGGAGGCGCGGGAUAAAGGAGCGCUCACUGCUCCCGCUUGCUCUCCGGCGGGGCUGAGGGAAGCAUCAUGGCCGCGAAGUCGGACGGGCGGCGGAAGAUGAAGAAGGGCGGCGAGGUGGCGUUCACGCCGCUGCAGAACUCCGAGCACUCGGGUUCCGUGCAGGCGCUGGCCCCGGGGCUGCCCUCCGGCGCCGGGCCGGGAGGCGGCAGCGACGACGACGAGGCGCCCGGGGGCGGGUGCUGCAGCGGCAGCGGCGGGGACGGCUCGGGCGGCGGCUCCCGCUGCUGCUGCUGCUGCUGCUGCGGCGGCAGAGGUGGAGACGGCGGUGGGGGUGGCGGCGGGGGCUCCCGGGGCUCGGGCGGGGGCUCGUCCUCCUUGUGCCUGCGGCUGGGCAGGGAGCAGCGGCGCUACUCGCUGUGGGACUGCCUCUGGAUCCUGGCCGCUCUGGCCGUGUACUUCGCGGACGUGGGCACUGACAUCUGGCUGGCGGUCGACUACUACCUGCGGGGCCAGCGCUGGUGGUUCGGGCUCACCCUCUUCUUCGUGCUGCUGGGGUCCCUCUCCGUGCAGGUCUUCAGCUUCCGCUGGUUCGCUCACGACUUCAGCACCGAGGACAGCGCCGCCACCGCCCCCGGGCACUGCCCUGCCGCCGAGAGCAAGCUGCUGGUGAGCAGCAGCUCGGCGGCCGCGGACAUCGACGCCGCCCGGCCCUGCACGCCGCAGCGGCAGGCGUCCACCGCCAGCAAGAGCAACGCCACCAACAGCAGUACCAACAGCAGCAGCAACGCCGCCGGCAGCGGAGCCGCCGGUCCCCGAGCCGGCAGCGGCAGGUCGGCGUCCUGCGCCUUCUGCAUCUGGCUCCUGCAGUCGCUCGUCCACAUCCUGCAGCUCGGGCAGGUCUGGAGGUAUUUCCACACAAUAUACUUGGGCAUCCGGAGUCGACAGAGUGGAGAGAAUGACAGAUGGCGGUUUUAUUGGAAAAUGGUGUAUGAGUAUGCAGAUGUGAGUAUGCUGCAUUUGCUAGCCACGUUUCUGGAAAGUGCACCACAGCUGGUCCUGCAACUCUGUAUUGUUGUACAGACUCGUACACUCCAAGCUCUCCAAGGUCUUACUGCUGCAGCAUCUCUUGUAUCCCUGGCUUGGGCUUUGGCUUCUUACCAAAAGGCCCUCCGUGACUCCCGUGAUGACAAGAAACCCAUCAGUUAUAUGGCUGUUAUAAUACAGUUUUGCUGGCAUUUCUUCACAAUUGCAGCAAGGGUCAUUACUUUUGCUCUGUUUGCUUCGGUUUUCCAGCUGUACUUUGGGAUCUUCAUUGUGCUGCACUGGUGCAUCAUGACCUUCUGGAUCGUCCACUGCGAGACAGAGUUUUGCAUCACUAAAUGGGAGGAGAUAGUUUUCGACAUGGUUGUUGGGAUAAUCUAUAUAUUCAGCUGGUUCAAUGUCAAGGAAGGAAGGACACGCUGUAGGCUUUUCAUUUACUAUUUUGUGAUCCUUUUAGAAAACACCGCCUUGAGUGCUCUCUGGUAUCUGUACAAGGCCCCACCAAUCUCUGAUGCAUUUGCCAUACCAGCACUGUGUGUAGUGUUCAGCAGCUUUUUAACAGGCAUUGUUUUUAUGCUAAUGUACUAUGCCUUCUUUCACCCCAAUGGACCAAGGUUUGGGCAGUCACCAAGCUGUGCUUGUGAGGACCCUGCCACUGCCUUCACCCUACCCUCAGAAGUGGCCACAAACACUCUGCGGUCCAUCUCCAACAACCGGAGUGUCACGAGUGAGCGGGAUCAGAAAUUCGCAGAGAGGGAUGGGUGUGUGCCUGUGUUUCAGGUGAGACCUACCGCACCUUCCACGCCUUCAUCCCGGCCACCAAGGAUUGAGGAGUCUGUCAUUAAAAUCGAUCUGUUCAGGAACAGGUACCCAGCGUGGGAGAGACACGUGUUGGACAGGAGCCUGAGGAAGGCAAUCUUAGCAUUUGAAUGUUCCCCUGCUCCUCCACGGCUACAAUAUAAAGAUGAUGCCCUUAUCCAGGAGCGCUUGGAAUAUGAAACCACAUUGUAAGCAAACAAAAACACAGCUUGAAGAAGCUACGAUGUUACAGUCCAAAAUAAGGGUUGACUGUAGGGCCGUAGGAAUAACUAAACUGCGUACUACAAGUAGAGCAGCAAGCUGUAGUGUUCUUAGUCUGGCUAUCAUCAUGAUUAUCAUUUGAUCCACUGUGUGCAGUCUGUCUGCAGGACAUUGAUACAGCAGCAUCACCUGAAAGCCUCAAAAAAACCCAAACCUGACCCACACAUACAGAUCAGUUACUUCAGCUGGGGAAACUCACCCACAACUCCAUGCUGCUGUGAAACUCUGACUGCACAGUACUUAUAAUCAGCCCGGUAGGAAGGCUCUGACCAGAGCUUUCAACUUUAGUCAGUAGUGCAUUUUAUUUUAGAAAUGAAUGAUUGACAUUUGCAUAAUCAACAGCAAAAACAAACAAAACCUUUUUCAAAAAUAACAGAAGUGUAGCACACAGUGUUGCUGUUAUGAAAACUGCUUUCUAGGGAAAAAAACAGGAACGUAGUAGUCUUCAACCCUCCCAUAAAUCAACCAUUCAGGUUAGAAUAGAUAUGCAAAUAGUUCUCAAUUAAAAAAUACAUUGUCAUAUUUGUAAGGCUGUCAAUGGAAAGUAAACUAAAUUCUGAUUAAUAGGUCAUAAACAUUAAUACUACCAGAACUAUUUGUUUUCUGUGGAAUUUCAAAGUCUUUUUAAACACAAUUCAAGUUCUUGAUGUUAUUUCCAACAGAAAUCCUAUGCAGCUCACUUCUGGUUUUCAGCAGAAAUAAUGAGCUCUAGCACGUAGUGACGUAAAUUAAAUGAUAAUCAUGAUUCAGUGUUCAAUUUGCAAAAAAAAAAACACAAAAGUAAUAUAUAUAUAUGUAAAAGAACAGGGAAGUAUAGUUUUCAUAUUCUAAACUUUUUGGAGGACCCCAUUCAGAUAUAUCAGAAGAAGCAACAAACAGAUGAACACACUGAAACUUCUCUGUUUCAGGACUGAGAAUGCAUGAUUCAGUGUGUGAAUGUAUGCAGGGGUGACAAGAGACUGUGACAUGCCAUACCCUUCUAGUGCCAAACAUUGUAUAACUGCAAAGUUGCUAUUGCCUGAGGGACAGGUAACAAGUGGCACAAGCCCUACCAGAACAAGAAGCAGGAAAGACCAGUCAAGUUCUCAACUUGUAGAGACAGCUCUGAUUUUCUCACCCAAGGUGAAAGUGAUGUCUUUUAAAGGCUUUCAGCCACCUCUUAGUAAGUAUAUUCAGUGAAGUAUAAUCUAAGCAAGUUAUGUGGAAGACCUCUUCUGCCUGUUCAAGACUUGUGUCCAGAUGUCUAAAAAUUAGGUUGAAUCUCUUGUAUAGAGUGCUUUUGCUGCAAGCUUUUGGGUUUUAAAUACCUCCCUAAAUCUAGUCAGUGGUAUCUUCCUUUAUGUUAAAAGUAUCCCCGAUGGUGCUUUCAAAUGCAUUAAAGGUGCAAGUCAAAAUUUGAUAGUAUUUUUUUUAAAGCUGGUGCAGAGUGAAAAACUCAUUAAUUAUUUCAGUAUUUUUGUAAAGUAAAAAUAUGAUAUCAACAGGUUACUUUUUAUAAACCUCAAAUCUUUUAAUACAUUUCAUUCUCUUUAUAGCUUAGAUUUUAAGAAUUGGUCCAUGAAUUUUAUCAACUGGCUUCUGCAGGUUGAUAUAAAACUGGUUUUCACACAUUAUGGGUUUGUUUUGCAGUGUAAUGCCAUAUGAAAGCCUACAUGGGUACUUUUAGAAUACUCUAUACACCGUGGAUCCUGCUUCAACUGUAAGUGGCUUGUAAAGACACCAAGUGAUUCCAUAAGAAACAGUUUGCUAUAACUAUUUCCAUCCGUUUUAGAAGAGCGAAGCAGAACUGAAGAGUUACUGUUGUAAAUGGCAUUGUCAGGAUGGAGAAGACCUGAUGAUUGGUAUUGUAAUCUUCACUGUCAGAUAGAUCCAGUAUAGUCACUGCUGUAUAUGCUGCUGGGUAAAUUUCAGUCUUUCCUAUAAUUAAUAUUUGUACUACAAAAUGGCCGAGGUUACACAGCCUAUGUUUCUUUGUAUGUGUUCAACUAACCAUUUUUAAUGUUGACUUUUUUAAUUAGUGAAAUGUUCAAUACCUGUUGUUCUUUGCUCGGGCAAGAUCCUCAAAACAAAACAUCUGUGAAAGUGCAGGAAUCUGCAAGGCAGAGGGAACUUUACACAGAUCAGAAAACACCCGUGCUUCAAGGGUUUCUUAGGUAUUUUCAAAUUAAGCAGUGGCCAGCUGCCUCUAUAAUAAUUUUUUAAAUAAAGCAAUUCUUUGAUAGUCCAGA